GAGGUCAUUUAGACACACCCCUUGCUCAGACAGGGAACGUGUUGAGGUCAUCUUUUAGUCGGGAUGGGGGAAGGGAUGUGGAAUAGAGACAGAUCCUUUGUUAAACUACGAUCUUUUGCUUUCAGUUACAUACAACAUGCAAAGUGAGGAUGAUUAAACGUGUUCUAUCUGCAGACAUAUAAGUUAAAGUUUCACUGAAGAAAAACGGAACCGAAAAUCGCGCAACAUCUUUGGAAGUUGAAGCCCUCUGAAUGGUGGCGGCUUUUGCGAAUGAUUCUUUACCUUCAAUGAUUUUGCUGUUUUUUCCCCAAAGGAUUUGACUGAAGGACUUUCGGGAGGGUUCUGGGUCCAUGCUGUGAUGUGAGUCAUCGGCGAGAAGCUGUCAGCGGCAAAAAAUCUGCUCCCCCCUCGCCUACUCUGACAUCUGUGAAGAGAGAUGUUUACAUGGACCACUUCUCAUCUGGAUGACACAUACUGACUUUUUCCCCCGGCGGGUCCUUUGACACACACCAAAUUUUUUUCUCAUCAAGAACAUCACUUUUCCUGUCCCUCUGAGUUUCACGCACCACACGCCCAAGGUCAGAGACAGAGCUAAAGCCAGAGGAAGCCAGGACCAGAGCCAUGUGUCAUGUGAUCGUAACGUGCCGCUCCAUGCUAUGGACUCUGCUGAGCAUCGUGGUGGCGUUCGCUGAGCUCAUCGCUUUCAUGGGCAAUGAUUGGCUGGUCAGCCCGCCCAGCGGGCCCAUCACUACCAACGGUAGCUUUCGGCUCUCCUCUAGGACCCACCGCCCCAUACUGGGCCUUUACGCCCGCUGCAGAAAGGUGCCCUAUCACCACCGCGACAUCCAAUGUGGACCCUACGCGGCCCACUUUGGUGAGAUCGCCAGUGGAUUCUGGCAGGCCACGGUUAUAUUCCUCGCCGUGGCCAUCCUCAUACUGUCCGUCGUGGCACUCUUCGCAGUCUUCAGUAUGUGUUUCCAGAGCAUCAUGAGGAAGAGCAUCUUCAAUGUUUGUGGCCUGCUUCAGGGUAUUGCAGGUCUGUUCCUCAUCAUGGGUCUGAUGCUGUACCCGGCCGGCUGGGGCUGUGACAAGGUCAGGCAGUACUGCGGCGAGGACAGCUCACCGUACCGGGUGGGCGACUGCUCGCUGGGCUGGGCGUUCUACGCGGCCAUCGGUGGAACCGUGCUCACGUUCUUCUGCGCCAUGUUCUCCGCCCAGGCCGAGAAAGCCACGUCGAGCGACAAGGUCCAGGACGAGAUUGAAGAGGGAAGAAGCCUUGUUUGUGUGCUGUGAAAAGAAAAGAAAAAAAAAAAAGAGCACAGCCACGGCAUUACAAGGACCAUGAUUUCUAAAGGGAUCGUAAAGUUGUCAUUUUACCAUGUUAGAACCACUGUCAACCACCCAGGAUGCACAAAGCCAGCAUGUAAUUUUAGUGAGAUCAUAACAGUCUCUCUUAAGCAGCAGGCAUGAGAGGAGGGCAUUUUAACCCACCCAUUUGUCCCUGGCUGGUCAAUUUGUCUAGGGUGGGGUAAAUACCAGCAUUCCUAGCACACCAGCCCUGUACCAUUUUUACUUAGCAUGUGAUAGGCGUUUUAGGUAUGUAGUUAGACAAAAUGAAACCAAGGACAUCACUACCACUUACGUAUUACUGAAAGUAUACUAGUAAGGCCUUUGUUUUUUUCGUGGAGAAAUGUAAUAGAUUAGGUGAAUGUACUUUGAGAAAAAUAUCAAGCGAUGCUUAAAAGCACUAGAUAUUUUAAUGUGUAGAUAUCACAUUUUAUGAAGAAUGAUCAAAAUCCUAGUAUGUUUUAGCCAGUAUGUCCUGAUGGUUAUUAUGUUUCAAAGUUCAAUUAUAAUUAUAAUUUCUGUUUGCUUGGGACUCACAAAGAGAUCCUGGAAUGAGUACAACACGAGACAAAUGAGAGUGACUCACUUGGAAGACUUUGAAAAAGAGAAAGCGACAUACCACGCAGCUGCUUUGCACGGCUCCAGUGUUUCGUUUACCCUUAUUUGGCCGUAGAUUCUUUAAUGGUGAAAUCUACUUCCAGAGAAAUAACAUAUUUUGGAUUACUGUAAAAAAUGUGUGCCUUGUAGCGCUGCCACUCUUUACAAAUAUGGAUCAGGAGGAGACGGACAGGCAGUAAGAACCAUGGUUAGCUCAGCAUCUAAGUUUGUACGUGUGUGGGAGACAAUACGCUUUCACAUGGGAUGGGGGGGGGGGGGGGGGGGCUCAGUUGGGGACAUGGCAGCUUGGUCUCAUGUUCCCAUAAAUGGUGCAACGGGAAUCCCUCUCAUUUCACGUAUUGAUAAUGUUUACUUUCAUUUAUCUCGAGUUUACCAGCGCACGCGGACCCUGCAAAGAAAUGCCAGGCCGCACUGAUGGUAAAGCAUGUUCGGCGAACAUGUGGAGGUCACAAGUGUUGAUAACUGAUUAUUUUGAGUAUUUGUGGUCCACAGUACACAGCAGAGAAGAGAUUGCAUUCCAUAAAGCAGGCAGUCAUGAGGGGCACUUAAGGGGUGGGGAGAAUAUUGGUACAGCUGAUUUCAUGAUUUUGUGAUUUUACAAGAUGAUACAUGGCAUUGUGAGUAUCCUGAUAUAUGAUUUAUAGCGUGAUACAUCAAAUCAAAUGCAUCAAGAAUCAAUCUUUUUGAGUUAUUAGUGUUAUAAAUAUAUAAAGACAUCAUGGAUAGGCUACUAACAAAUUAAUUUGCUUUCAUAGCUCUUAAUAUGGUGUUUAGAAUGUCUUAGUCAUUUCUAUGUUAAUACUACUCAGUAUUUUUGAAUGAUUUCUUCUUUUAAAAGCAGAAACGGAACAGAAAAAUGAGGCCAGAAUAUAUCGCAAUACUGUCAAAGAAUUGCAGUGUGUUAAAAUAGUCAUGAUUUUGACAGAAUCAUGAUAUAGUUAAUGAAGAAUUGUAAUGAAAACAAAUGGUCCCUCGCGAUACCCACCCUUAUCACUUUUGUAAUGCAUUUUAACCACUACCAGUCGCCAACCACUACAACCAUACUGACUAGCAUUCAGACCACUUAUAGCUCCUUUCAGUUCAUUAAUGGGGCAGGGAGCGUUUCACAUGAAGCUUAUUCUGGUGAUUAGAAUGCAUAAAGGAAACAUGGAAACUUAAGGAUAAAAAAGAAGCUGUGCUUUAAGCCUAUGAGGAUUGCUUUAUACUGCACUCAUUAAAAAGCUGGAAAUGUACGCGCUUUUACACUCCGUUGUUGUUGUUUUCUUUUUUAAACAAAUGUUUAGCCUUUUCAGAUGAUAAACCAUUGUCAUACAUCAUGCAGUAUACUCCAAAAAUAGCCAGCCUACCAGCCAUAGUGGUUUUGACACACCUGUUUGAUGAAAGACAAAACAAAAGCAUAAAGCUUUAAACACAUAUUCCACCAAACACAUCUUUAUACCUCUCACAGUCUGCCCACAUUUCUCCAUACGAAAACAACGGGCAACAGCAUUUUCAAACAGUUAAUUUUGGUGUGGCUCUGACUGCCUUUGUAUAAAACCAUCAGCUUAUCUGCCAAAGUGGAUGGAAGGAGCUGUUUUAGAAAACAAAAAGUAAACAAUUUCUUUAUCUUUCAGUAUAUGACAACCUCUAUAAUACAUCAUAGCAAGAAAAGCACCACCAAAGCCACCAACACUUUGCUCAGGCUCAUGGCGUUGUGGAAUGGCUCUAGCGUACUGUACUGACAUGAAUUUGUUGUUGUCUUUUUUUAUGACUUUUUAAAUUGCUGUUUGUCAUCUAAGGUGCCAAACUAAUUGCUGUGCAUGACAUUGCUUUGUUCUGUCAUCUGUUGCAUCUGUAUUUAAUGUGGUGCAAGUAAGAGAUGUGCAAUAUUCCACUAUAGUGCCCUCUGGUGGAGGAAGGACCAGAGUGCAAGCAGAGGGAAAAUCAGCUCAGACUCACUGCUGAAUCUUCUGCACAUAAUCUGUUCAAAUUGAAGCUAUUUAAAAAAAAAAGUGAGUUCAUGAUUUUCUCUAAUUAGCAAAGACUAUUGUUUUAUUGCUAGAAAUGUAGUUAAUCAGAAAAUGAAUCAACUGUUCCAUUAACACAUGUGAUUAUAUUCAUGAGAAACAUUUUCUAGAGUCUCAAAUCAGACGUCAGUAAUGGGAUUAAGUAAUGUGGGAGUUUAAAUAAUGUAACAUACUCUUUGCUUUUUUGUUACUUCAUUGGAAUUGGAAGUUCUUAUGUCAUUUUUUUUUUUUAAAUAAAAGAAAUAUCACUCUGAAAAA